UGAUCAUUUAAAGUACAGGUCUAGCAGACAGCGAUAUGUAAAGGUCCGUACGGAUCUGACGAACACGUGGGUGAGAGUUUCAUGUGUGUUAUACCGCGCCGAUGUACAACGUACAUGUGUAUGUAUUCUUCAACGUGUUGGAACAUAAAUACACAUGUGUGUGUGUGUGAUCUAUAUAUAAAUUGAGUUAUAGGGUGAGGAGUGAAACACAUUCAGAUAUAUAUAUAUAUAUAUAUAUUUGCAUUUAUAAUUACGAGUUGGCAUUGACCUACUUUCACCUUAACGACACACGCCGAGUCAUGUUGAAGCAACACUAGCGUUGAGAGCCGCGGUGUACCACGUGUGGUUCAUAUACCCGGCACAUACCACGACAGUCCAUUCGGUCAACAUAUACUUGGGACGUGAUAUACCUAUGCUAAUUAAUUACAGGUAAACAUAGGAGGAAAGUGGUGUCUGAUAAAGGAAUCACACCAUGAAUAACGGUUCUAUUGUAAGCAGUAUACUGCAGGCCUUUGAGGAAGGGAAGUCGACCAGAGACCCCCGCACGCGGUACUGGUUUCUACUGGACGACAACCCACUUCACGUAUGGCUCCUUACAGCAUCAUACAUCGCUUUUGUUGUCAUCGGUCCGAAAGUAAUGAAGAACCGGAAACCGUUCAAUUUGCAGAAAUUCAUGGUUGUCUACAACUUCGGCUUAGUGUUCAUGUCACUAUAUUUAAUGAUAGAGAUUGUUGCGAGUGCGUAUGAUAUUGGCUAUUUUAAAGAAGAUCCUUUGUGCUGUAUAUACAACCAAGAUACGCAUAAGAAUCCAAGAGAGCUCCGGCUAGCGAACGUGUUCUGGUGGUACUUUAUCUCCAAGCUAUUAGAGUUUAUGGACACCAUAUUGAUGGUACUGAGAAAGAAGAAUGAUCAAAUAACAUUCCUACAUGUUUAUCAUCACUCUAGCAUGUUCAACAUUUGGUGGUGGGUUACAACGUAUCUCCCAGGAGGACAGUCCUGGUUCUCCAGUAGUCUGAACUGUUCCGUCCAUGUCGUCAUGUAUCUAUAUUACGCACUUGCCGCCAUUCCGUCCAUGAGGAGCAAACUUUGGUGGAAAAAAUACAUCACCAAAUUUCAAUUAGUCCAGUUUGUACUAAUCCUCUACCAUACAGUACAGACGACAUACACAGGGUGUGACUACCCAAUGUGGGGCCAGUAUUUACUAACAGGGUACAUGAUCAGCAUGCUUGUUUUGUUUGGAAACUUCUACCUCAAUGCUUACAUCAAAAAGAGGCGACUGGGAGAAGCCAAAAAAGCUGAAGACAGUUCAAAUGGCACUGUUAACAAUGGAGUACAUAAAACUACAAACGGACAUUCCAACGGAAUUUCAAAUGGAAGCACGAAAGCUGUGUCUCGUUAACAUCGCUAUCCUAUAUCUUAGAAACUGAUGCUAUGAGCAUAAAAUAUAUCUCUAUGCAAUAUAUAUGACAUUGUAUUAUCUGUAUAGGAUAUUCCAAUUGUUAUGAAAGUUUGCAUAAUUAAUUCUAGAUCUAAAAUGGCAGAUUUACUAUAUGGCUUUUAGUACUAUGAUAUGUGAUGUAUUAACAGCACAAAGUGCCAUACUCAAUUAAUCGUAUAAUGAUAAUGUGUUUCUAUUUAUAUUUCCAUUUUCCCCUAUCCAUCCAUUUUUUAUACUACGCCAAAAAUGAAGCUGUGUCAAAUUCAAUAUGUUGAAGAAUACUGUUUGCCGUUUUUGAGUUAAUUCUUUAUUCAUGAAAUUCUAUUUAUAGAAUAUUACCAAUCCAAUUCGGUCACCUUACGCCAAACCAAAUUUGUUUUAUUUGAAAAGCUUUAAUAAUACAAUACAAAUUAACUGGUGCUAGAAUCAUGUAGUACCAAACGUGCCCGCUCAAUUCAACAACUAUUUAUUUUGUUUUGUUUUCAUCUUCUCAUUUGCACGUGUGUUGCCUGUCAUUCUACUAUGCCUUACUCAUAUACACAUCCAUGUUUAAUUGUUUCUAAUUUAGAUCUAUUUAUAACCAAUGCAAUAUUUUAUGUUUUACGUACAUGAUAUAUACAUGUAUUAUAUCCAUAAGCUGUUUUUUUUCUAAAUUAAAAAGGGUUUAUGGAUCUAUUCCUAAUUCGAAAGUGUUACCGUCAGAUUAAAUAUAUAUAUAUAUAUAUAUAUAUUCCCACAUAUGGUAACCAUAUUGAUGUCUCCUGUCACCACAUGUGGUACCUGUCACAUCUCCUUUGCAGCCCGGGAAUGUUAAGCGAAAACGAUGUUGAUUAAUUAUUUAAUAUGAUAAUAUGUAACAUUCUAACCUAUCUAUUGUAUCAUUAACAUUUAUUUAUAUAUUAGAUAUCUUAUCUCAUAUGUUUAGUUUUAGUUUUACCUUCUGAACUUGAAUAUGACUCGAUUUUUGCUCUGAAUUUCUUAGUUGUUGAUAAUACUAAUACUAAUGCUUAAUCCUUAUAAUUUAUAUUGAAAACUCUUUUAAUUGAAAUCUUGAAUAAUGUUAAUUAUAAAUAGCAUGUGAAGAAGCAAAACAUGAACUUAUAUUAAUUUUUCUUAAUUUUCUUAAUUCUAUUUGAUCGUAUUUAAUCACGAAUUAUGUGAUACAUCAUGCCCUAUUUCUAAUAUAGAAACUACAAUGUAAAAUUUUGUUUUUGUUAUUUUCAUGCAAAUAAUACCAGGGUCAUGUGUAUCAUUUGUUUCCGUAUGUUGAAAUAGACCACGGACUUAUAUGUAUAUUAGGCAGGGCAGAGACGUAAUAUUAUGGGUCUGAUUGUUUGUAGUACUGACUUAUAUUAAAUCUACUAUAAGCCCGUGGUUUGAAGUCGCUAAUUUGAGGCUAACUAGUGUUUUAACCGCUGAGGAAUUCAGUUACGUGUUUUUAGCCGAAGCAGUAUUGUCGAUAAGUAUCCAAACACAGGGUGAGAGGGUCAACCUCUAUAUUGUCAUGUCUGUUAUUUAAGACCGCUGAGGUUUCCAUAACAUUCCGCCUGAUUUUCCAUAAUGUUUUACUUUUAUUAUCACUGAUCAUGAGGUGUCCUAUAAGGACGGAAAACCUAAAUGAUCCACAUUUUGUUCACCAACUUCCAUACAUAUUACUUAUUUCGCAUAUAUAAAAGUAUUGCUCACAGGUGUGUCAUUCCACUAUGUUUUAAGCGGCCCCGGGUAUAUGUUCAUCACCUAUCAUAGCGAUAUGGCAGGUUUUUACAACAUUUAAUACGUCAGGUUUUCAAUAUAAGUUGUAUAAAUUGUGUAUAAUUAUUUCAAUCAAAUACGAAACUUUUUGUAAGCUUCUUCAGUAUUGAUUCCUUUUUUCUGGAAGCCGAUACGAAAUCUGACCGUAAUUUUGCAUGCAGGUUUUUAAAAUUACCUUUUAAAAGUUUGACAAAACCGCUCAAAUGAACUGCUCAAGGUAGCCAUGUUUACUAGACCAGAAAGGCUCAUCUCAAGGCCAGACUUCUCAAUCGAUAUCCAUAUUGGAAGAUAGCAUUCUAAUUAUGUUUAAAUGGAGAAAAAAAUGUUCUUUUUCGUGGUCGAGUUUAGAAAAAAAUAAGUUUGAAACACAUAAAAUUGAAAAAUACUGGCAUACUUGUGUCUAGCCAACCCGUCAAGUGGACCAUUUAACUGGUCGAUAUUAUACACAAUGCUAGACAUUAAAUUAGGGCUCUAGUUAUAUGAAUAUUCAUUAGUCUCGUAUAUUUGAUUUUUUUUUUUACAUUUCCAGCUUCCUAUUUUCACCGUACCGUUGAUUAUGAAUUCCAGGCAGGUUUGGGUAUCAAUAAAAAACCAUAAUCAAACUAUAGAAAAAUAACUAUUCGUUCAUUUUGUCAUACUGUCGGUGAAUUUUAAAAUCACAGGAAACAUAAUCAUUAUCUUGAAAAAUUUUUUUUUCACAAUCAUUAUGAUAAGUUGAGAUACAAAUGAGGUUUAGAAAAAUGGUCCAUCGGUCUAUAGGAAUCAAAACUUCUGGUAACAAAGCAUUAUAACACAAUACCAAUUAUAGUAUAGACAAUCAGCGUUAGAUUAUUGAGAACACAAGCACUUUGUUUUUGUUUUUAUUAAAAUUCAAUAAAUAAUGAUGUUUGAAACAUUU